UUCACAUUAGGGAGAGGCCAUUCACCUGCUCUGUGUGAGGGAGGGGAACUACUCAAUCAUCCAGCCUGAAGAUACAUCAGCAAGUUCACACCACAGUGAGAUGCUCCACCUGUUCUGACAGCGGGAAGCAAUACAUUCUGUCAUCGAUGCUGAAGAUAUAUCCUAAAGUUCACCAGUGAGAGGACAUUGACCUGCUCGGAUGGUGGGAAGACAUUCACACGCUCAACCAGACCACAGUGACACCAAUGAGUUCACACCGGGGAGAAGCCAUUCACCUGCUCUGAAUAGGGGAAGAUAUUCACUCAUUCGUCCACACUACAUAGACACCAGCGAGUUCACACUGGGGAGAGGCCAUUCUCCUGCUCCUGAAAGGAGUCAAAUCACCUGCUGCAACAUCAGUUAGUUCACACUAGGGAGAUGCCAUUCACAUGCUCAGACUGUGGGAAAGGAUUCACCCAGUCAUCUCAACUGAAGGAGCAUCAGCGAGUCCACACUGAGGAGAAGCCAUUCACUUGCUCUGAAUGUGGGAAAGGAUUUGCUCGGUCAUCUGAACUGAAGGUACAUCAGCGAGUUCACACUGGGGAGAGGCCAUUCACCUGCUCAGACUGUGGGAAGGGAUUCACUCACUCGUCCAACCUGCACAGACACCAGCGAGUUCACACUGGGGAGAAGCCAUUUAUCUGCUCUGAAUGUGGGAAGGUAUUUGCUCAGUCAUCUGAACUGAAGUCCCAUCAGCGAGUCCACACUGGGGAGAAGCCAUUCACUUGCUCAGAAUGUGGGAAAGGAUUCGCUCGGUCAUCUGUACUGAAGUCACAUCAGCGAGUUCACACUCGGGCGAUGCCAUUCACCUGCGCAGACUGUGGGAAGGGAUUCACUCACUCGUCCAAUCUACAGAGACAUCAGCGAGUUCACACUGGGGAGAAGCCAUUCACAUGCUCUGAAUGUGGGAAAGGAUUCGCUCAGUCAUCUGAACUGAAGUCACAUCAGCGAGUUCAUACGGGAGAGAAGCCAUUCACCUGCUCUGACUGUGGGAAAGGAUUUGCUCGGUCAUUUGAACUGAAGUUACAUCAACGAGUUCACACUAGUGAGAGGCCGUUCACCUGCUCUGACUGUGGGAAGGGAUUCACUCACUCGUCCAAUCUACACAGACACCAGCGAGUCCACACUGGAGAGAAGCCAUUCAUAUGCUCUGAAUGUGGGAAACGAUUUGCCCAGACAGCUCAACUGAAGUUACAUCAGCGAGUCCACACUGGGGAGAGGCCGUUCACUUGCUCUGAAUGUGGGAAGGGAUUUGCUCAGUCAUCUGAACUGAAGGUACAUCAGCGAGUUCACACUGGUGAGAGGCCGUUCAGCUGCUCAGAAUGUGGGAAAGGAUUCAUUCGUUCAUCUCAACUCCUGAGACACCAGCAAAUUCAUACUGGGGAGAAACCAUUCAUCUGCUCAGAAUGUGGGAAGGGAUUCACCGAUUCAGUUCAUCUGAAAGAACAUCAGUUUGUUCACACUGUGGAGAGGCCGUUCACCUGCUCAGACUGUGGGAAAGGAUUCACUCGGCGUUUUAGUCUAUUAACGCACCAGUUAGAUCACAGUGAGGAGAAACCAUUCAUAUGCUCUGAAUGUGGGAAAGGAUUCACACAGUCAUCUCAACUGAAGGAGCAUCAGCGAGUCCACACUGGGGAGAAGCCGUUCAUCUGCUCUGAAUGUGGGAAGGGAUUUGCUCAGUCAUCUCAACUGAAGUUACAUCAGCGAGUCCACACUGGGGAGAGGCCAUUCAACUGCUCUGAAUGUGGGAAAGGAUUCAGUCGUUCUUCUCAACUCCUGAGACACCAGCGAAUUCACACUGGGGAGAAACCAUUCAUCUGCCCAGAGUGUGGGAAGGGAUUCACCGAUUCAGCUCAGCUGAAAGAACAUCAGUUUGUUCACACUGGGGAGAGGCCAUUCACCUGCUCAGACUGUGGGAAAAGAUUCAGUCGUUCAUCUCAGCUCUCGAGGCAUCAGCAAAUUCACACUGGGGAGAAACCAUUCUGAGGAAAUGCGGAUAUAUAAAAAAUUAUUUUGAACCUAAGUAACCUCUAGAUAAAAGAAUAAUUGGGACUGAACAGGAAUUUUUGAACUAAAGUAAACUCUGUCUUCAGCAGUUAAGAAACUCAAUGGCUUAUACUGGUUUCCUUUUAAUUGUCAGAGGGACAUUGAGAAUUUGAUAAUAUAUAUUGUACUCGUGUUUGAGUCAGGACUCAUCGAUAAGGUCAGCAAUGAACAUCGGUCUGGAAUGAAGUCAGGACCUUGCAAAGGGAAUAGCUGAUAAGGACUGGACUGUAUAUCCAUCUAUAUUCAAGCCUUGAGUUAGUGCACUCUGUUAUCUAAGACAUUAAGUUUUGCACCAACAGACUUGGUGGGCGUACCAGUUCUAAUAGCAGCUUGCAACAGUGAUGUAUGGGACUUACUAUGUAUGAAUAUACUGCUGUAACCUGACUGAGAGAGUCCACUUGUCAGAUGGUUGGCAGCACUGACAUGCCUUCCCUCUGAUAACUGGGUCUCAGACUCUUGCAAGAGAAUGCAAUAAACUGUGGUGCCGAGAGGAAACUGGUCUCCCGAGUUUAACAUUGGGUGUCACGAACAGGAUCCCAAUACAGAGAGUGCGAAGCAGACAGACGGAGUAAGCGGCCGGACCAC